AACAUGAGGAUUAUCAAGAACACAGAUUACAAAUAAUCACCUCGGAAAAUUGUUUAAUGCCCCUCAACAGUGAGAAAUUUCUUGAAAUCAAUAGCAGAGCAAAUGAAUGUCUUAAGAUGCGGUAAGACAGAUUUUGUUUCAUCAGGUUUUGUGGCAGAUACAGUGAUUGCUGAACGUCACGAGGCUUCAUAUUUUCCUUGGACCUGUUUCCUUAAACAACCUUUGUUUAGGCUCUUAACAAAAUCGCUACGAAGUUUCAGCUUCGAAGGAGAUCGACAAACCCAUUCAAGCGUAGAGGAAGUGUCUACGAUUUGACUGAAAAGUCUGAAGAAACGCUUUUUUAUUCGACUUCCAAUCCACUUUGCGUAUUAGCUUCUUGCUGCUCAUUUGCCUGAAGUUGCCAAAGAACCACGACACGAUCAACUUAACGGUGUAAUAAAUCUUCUCGGUAUGGGAAACUUUAAGACGAAACCUGUGCACCAUAACGAUGGUAGCGACCUCAAGAUAUAUUACGAGCCUGAACCCGAGCGACUACGCAAAGUUAUGGCGUUUUUCGGGCUGGGAAUUCUUCUUUACAUCAUUUUCUCCCUGGUCAUGGUAGCAGCUCAAGAUAUUCUAGCUGAAACGUAUAUUCCAACUUCUGUUGUUCUAAUUGCAAACGUUGGACCAUUUUUUCUUGUUUCUCUAAUCGUACCGUACUUCAUGCAACGUAUUCCAUAUGUUGUUCGUGCUUUCCUUAUCUUCUUCCUUUUUGUCACCGGUGUCAUCGUACUCGCGUUGGCGAGGCAAGUUCAAUGGAAGUUAAUCGGGGUGGGAAUGGUUGCAGUUGGUGGUGGCCUUGGUGAACCGACAAUUUUGUCUUUAACAUCGUUUCAUGGCGAGUUGACAUUAGCUGCGUUCUCAGCGGGAACGGGAGUAGGAUUUGCAAUUGCACCCUUGUAUUAUACAGCCUUGACAACAUGGGCCUGCGUAUCACCAAAGGUUGCCACUCUUAUCAUGGCAGCGAUGAUGGUCCUGAUCUUUGUCUGUUUUUACUUCAUCGACAACUCAGCGACAAAGUGCACCAGUUCUCUAUCGGAUGAUCUUAGUGGAGUGCAUUACUCAGCUCUUGAGACCAAUGAAAAUUUGUGUGACAUCUCAAACAAAGAUGAUGAAGAAAAUGAUGAAGGCACCUCUCUUUCUUGGCGGGAAAAAAUGAUGGUCAUUUGUCAGCUGCUGCCUUAUAUGUUACCAAUGUUUAUUACAUGGUUCUCUGAGUACAUUAUCAUUCAAGCCGUCAUUACAACUCUGGCAUUUCCCAGCUCUCCUUUCAAACCUCGUGACCAUUAUGAGUAUUACAUUGUUGUAUUCGUGGUGGGUGAGAUGGUGGGGAGGUCUUACCUUUUAGUGCUGUCCUACAUUAAAAAAGACUGGGGAGAGAAAGCUAAAUUUCCAUACCUUUGGGUUCUGUGUCUGGUCGAAGUCAUGGAUCUUUUGUUUUUGGUGUUGGCUGCAUGGUACCGUUUUUUACCGAGUGUAUGGAUCGUUUUGCUCCUUAUGUUUGUCUGCGGCUUGACUGCGGGUUCUUUUUAUGUUAACGUAGCGAUAAUUUUUAGAAAUUGUCUCCAACAAAAGUACAAGGAGUUUGCCAUGGGAUACAUCGACCUACCUUUAACGGGAGGAGUUUUAACAGCCGCCGUGUUGGGCCUGUACGUUGAACCCCUGUUACGGGAACAUUGCAUGAUCCUCAUGGAUAACACAGACUUCUGCUUUACAAGAACACAGUCUUAAGAUCGAUUUUCUUCAUAUUGUUUUUUUAAACAUGAUUGAAAUCUCUUCAAGCCUCUGAAGCUAUAUUUAUGGUGCUCUUGUGUAGUUUAGGUAUAAGUCAAUGAAUUCCUUUUGAUCCUCUCUCGAAUAUUUAUGUCUCUAAGGUUAUUACAAUGCUAAGUGUAUAUUUGCUCAAGACUUCUGGCCCUUUUAUCCGCCUGAGGUUCACAUGUGU